ACUACAGAAGGAGCGUGCAGAAGCCGCGCCCCUUCCAUUAAAAGUGACGUCAUCAGUGUGAGACGAGCACCGAGGAACGGAGGAAACCGGGAGAAGAUGAAGAGGAGAGUGACUUUCCAGGAGGAGGAGGUGGAGACCGAGGAAGGGCGGAGCGCCGCUAAGAGGACGUUCCCGGAGACGGUGGGGGGUCCCGGCAGUCGAUUUAAGGAGAAGCAUUCUCUGGACAGUGAUGAGGAAGAUGAUGGAGACGACGUCACCGGAGGUUCAGACAAAUACAACAUGUUGGCCCCGGAGGACGUGGAAGGUCAGGAGAACGCCACCCUGGAUUCAGAGGGGGGAGUGCAGAUCACACCCUUCAACCUGAACGAAGAGAUGGAGGAGGGGCACUUCGACUCUGAGGGGAACUACUUCCUGAAUAAGGAGGCCCAGAUUCGAGACCAUUGGCUGGAUAACAUUGACUGGGUUCGGGUUAAGGAGCGCACGGCAUCCCCUUCUGUCCCUGCGGGGGAUGAUGGGGGUUCAGACACCGAUGAGGGCCGGGCUCCACUGGAUAUGAAGACAUUGUUAGAGGAGAUCUUGAAGUUGUUGUUGCCGGGGGAAACCGUGGCGAAGGGCAUCCAGCGUUUAGGAGGAGGGGGAGGAGGAAAGAGAUCCAGAGUGCAGAGACAAGAGGAGGAGAAGAAGGAGGCGGAGGAGAAGAAGGCGGAGCCUCUGGAUCAGCUUAUCUCUUUUGCUGACCAGAUGGUGGCCCUUGGAGUCUAUGAGGUGUAUCAGGAUACAUGUGAGAAGCUGGCCUACCGACUGCGAGGACUCACGGCUCCACCCUCGUUGGACAUGUUUGCUGAUGAGGUGGACGAGGAGAAGCUGGAGAAGAAGGAAGAGUCGCCAGGUAUGGAGGAGGUUCUAUGGGAGUACAGAUGGGAGAACAAGGACAAGGCCGAGCUGUACGGACCCUUCACCAGCCCACAGAUGCAGGAAUGGGUGGACCAGGGAUACUUCCCCAAUGGAGUCUACUGCCGGCGGGUCAACAGCACUGGUGAUCAGUUCUACAACUCGCAGAGAGUAGACUUCGACCUGUACGUGUGAAGAGUCCUCCGCGUUCAGGGGCCCCC